AUGCUUCCAACCAACCCCAAGAUCAUGGGCGCUUUGCUGCUCAGCGUUGCGUCCGCAAAUGCGUUGAGUGGAUCAAGUGCCGUGACCAAGCAGGAGGCGGCUACAGAGGACUACGAUAUGAGUACAUUCAUGACCUGGACGACUACAUCGAGUCACAACAUCACCCAUCCGAAAACCGGGGGGAGUAAGGCCGCAGCUGCAGACUCGACUACGACAGCGACGGGGACGGGGACGGGGACGGGGACGGGGACAACCGCAACGAAGCCGAGCGUGACAUCCUGGACUCUGGGUGCCUGCACUCCGGGGCAUGUUUUUCAGCGCCGUGAAUAUAACCGAGUUAAUGCUAAUUUAUUUUAUAGAUCUAUGAGUGUUCCGGAGCUGAAAUGCAAGUCAACAACGGCCACGCCCUUUUCAACCAGUGCCUGUCACUGCCCGGACGGUGCUUGGUACGACAGAUGGAGCGGCGACACCAAGGGACCAUGCUACGGUCACUCAACAGCGCAGGGCGACCUACAAGUUGCUGCUAUGACGGCGUGUCCAACUCCAACUCCUACAGCUACGUCUUCUGCAUCUGAAACCCCUACCUAUGGUUUGGCGACCCAGGUUACUGUCGGCGCGCCGCCGACUAUCUGCAAGUCAGCCGACUAUGCUUAUAAGACGAAAAUGUCCGUGCCUAGCGGAUGGGUCUUUAUCUACGCCGGUAGCACUGGCUGGGGCCCCGAGGGCUCCGUCUGGAACAUCUCGACCGGCGGUGGAGCCAAGUUGACCCAGGUGAAGGCACAAUGCCAGGGAAGCUCGUGCAUGGGCUACUCUGGAGAUCCGCUGGCAAGUGGCCAGACCAAGCAGCGAUCAGAUGGUAGCUGGUAUUUGAAAGUUACCCCUAACCUGCAGCCCUCGCUGUCGAUCAGCGGGCUGCUGCUUCCCAUCGACCCCGGCACGAGCAACUACACGGAUAAACAGAACUUGAACGGCCGAGAUUCUAGCAGCAACACAAUCACAAAAUAUCCCCUGGAUAUCCUGGGCGCGCCGCCUUGCGGGCAGUAUAUUGCUGUAGGCUGCUCCGACCCUGCUUGGAGGGUUACUCCUAAGCUAUGGCAGGCUUAUAAAAUGGACGACUUUUUGAAGACGUACCUGUCUAAAAAAAAUAUCAAGAGCUUUAAUGGUUUAAUGACGCAGUCUAUACAAGAUUUUGAGCCGCCUUCGGACGUCGAUGGACAGUUUUGCGACUUUAGUGGUAAUUUUCAAUGCCACGUACCCGACCGGAACGAAUGCCUUGAUGCAAUUGCGGGCCACCCUCAUAGUACUAGCGACGACAUUACUCGUGGAAUGAUUCUAACGAUAACCAUGGCUCAAUUUACUAACUUUAUCGGCGCACUCUAUAUUGCUAUCGAGGGAGUCGCGAAUACUAUCGACGGCUUCCUAAGUGGAGUCGUAGCGAAUGUUUGGCAGCCGGCUGCUCAGGCGACAUGGACAAAAAUUAUGAGCCUCGCUUCCUCCGUUUUAGGUGUUUUUUUAAUUACCCUUGGGGUUAUAGUCGCGGCGGUGCCAGGAUUUGGUCCACUAGCAGCUGUACUUACUACGGCAGCAACUGUUGCUUCUGGGGCAUUUGGACUCGCCGGCAGUAUCGGAUCGCUAGAUCCGGGCUCUGCGGACACGCAGUUUUUUCAGUCCGCCGGUUACCAGAUUGGCGCGCAGAACCAGCUUAACAAUAUGCAGCAAGGCCUCAUCAAUGGUCUUUAUAAAAAUGACGCGGUCGGCCGUGACGGCAUAAGCUCGCUUCUAGCUGGCGGUCUCUGGGUUGACCCAGAUGUUCAUGCUGCUUUUACCGACGUGGGCUUCGGAGCGAAGGCCACCAAUUGGUUUGGGAAGCUUAUGAUUGCUCAGUACAGUACGAAGGCCCUGACUGAUAAUGAUGCAUUUAUUCUCUUUAUCCCCUACGGCGAUGACGUCCCAUAUAAUGGUGUAGCAAAAGGCUUCAGCCAAGAUAUAUGCGAGAAGACCUGGGUAGGCGACAAAGCCUGGAAAUACACUGCUUUUUGCAAUGUUACCAUGGGACCAAAUGGCCAGGCCGGCAUGUCCCUCUUUACCCGACCCAGCAACAAGAAUUCGGAGUCCGAGUCCUGGGACAAAAAUCCCUUAGACUACCAUAACACCAACUAUACUACAUUUGAUAUUAUAAAAUCUUCAAUGUGGGGACAGCAGGAACACGGGUUCAAUUACACUCUACUAGGCAACGAUUUGGCCGAUAGCUUGGUUAAGGAGGGUCCUAGUGCAGUGGCGACCAAGUUCGAAAGUCUCCCCAUGGACGAACCUGGCCUCUUCAAUGUCCCGGUCUGUGUCGUCAAAGAUCUGGUCUACGUACCUGGAGUAUGGCAAGUAAUGGCUGACGUGGCUAAAUCUGAAUACUUCGGCAACUACUUCCGCGGAUCAGACCCUUGCCCAUGUGCAGACUAUAGUUACAAGUCCCCUGACGGAAAAUCUGGAAAGUUCACCGAUUUUGUUUCUAAAAACGUCAAGGACAGCAUUGGUAGUAGCUGCAGAGUCUAUCGACCCAAUACUCACGCAUCGAACUCGGGUAUUGGGCCAUUGUCUGGCCCGGGAUCACAAUGA